UCGCGUCUUGGAGAGCUUCCCUGAGCUCGCCGCGCCCGUUAUAUCCGUAUAUGAAGCCAUCGUUGGUUGACGUCCCCCACACGAGCCGCGAGCCGCGCUACAAACGUUGCACUCUGGGAUGGGUUUCUUUCUCCUUUUGUUUUUCUUCUUCUUUUUUUCUCUUUCUGCUCUUCUCUCCUCGUUUUCACGCCCAACUACCACUGUGCGGACGGCGUCCUGCUCGUUUCGAUUGCAGUCGUGUGCUGUCGACUUUGCACUUGUCGGUUCCCAAGCGGGGGUUGUCCAAGUGGUGAUGGUGAUGGCAGGCUGCCAGACCAAGAAGCUGCCUCCACCAUGCAGGCCGAGGCCGCAGACCGCACCCCAGUCUCAGAGACGCCUCUCUUACAGCGAUUAUGACCACCGGGCACGAUGCAUGGAUCGAGGCAAUGGAGGUGCGAAACAACGACGAAGGCGGCGGCAGUGAUGGGUUCGAUGCUGGAAACGACGACUAGCAACGCGUGUGUAUGUGUACUUAUGUGUGCAUGUGUUUGUGUGUACGGUUGUGCUCGUGGUAGUGACAGUGAGCCGGCUUUAAACCCACAAGGACGGACAAGC